AUGAAGUCCACUAUCGCCUCCCUUCUUGGAUCCGCAGCCCUGGCGGCUGCUCACGGUAUCGUCAACGAUGGUCUGAUCGGUGGUGAGAACUACACCUUCUACCAGCCCUACCAGGACCCGUACAUGAACCCCGCCCCCGACCGCAUCUCCCGUCCCAUCCAGGGCAACGGCCCCGUUGAGGACGUCACCAGCAUCGACCUCCAGUGCGGUGGCUACACCGCCGGUGGUGUUGAGGGCUCCAAGCCCGCCAAGCUCGUUGCUAAGGCUGCCGCCGGCUCCGAGGUCACCCUUAACUGGACCCUCUGGCCCGAGUCCCACAUCGGCCCUACCAUCACCUACAUGGCCAAGUGCGCCAACGACGACUGCACCACGUGGCUGCCGGGCACCGACGCUGUCUGGUUCAAGAUUCAGGAGCAGGGCCGUGAUGGCACCUCCAACACCUGGGGUGCUACCCCUCUCAUGAAGGCUGGCAACUCUGGUGUCAAGUACACCAUCCCCGAGUGCAUUGCCCCCGGCCAGUACCUCGUCCGUCACGAGAUCAUCGCCCUCCACGCCUCCUACUCCUACCCCGGCGCCCAGUUCUACCCCGGGUGCCACCAGAUUGAGGUUACCGGCUCCGGCAGCACCAGCCCUUCUGACCUGGUUGCCUUCCCCGGUGCUUACAAGGGCACCGACGCCGGUAUCACCUACGACGCCUACAAGGCUCAGGAGUACACCAUCCCCGGCCCUGCCGUCUUUUCCUGCUCUGGCUCCGGCUCCGGCUCUGCCCCCGUCUCUUCUGCCGCUCCCGUCUCUUCUGCCGCUCCCGCCGCUACCUCUGCUCCCGCCACUUCCGCCGUCUCUGCCGCCACCCCUAGCCAGACUGCCGCCGCCGAGGAGGAGGAUGACUGCCCUGCCGAGACCACGGCUCCCGUCGCCACCCCUACCCCCACCCAGGCCGCUGACGAUGAGGACGACUGCCCCGCCGAGACUCCCUCCGCUGCCGUCUCCGCCGCUGCCUCCGUUCCUACCAUCAAGGCCGAGGAGGAGGAUGAGGAUGACUGCCCCGCCGAGUCUGCUCCCGCCGCCACCACCACCGCUGCCCCCGUUGCUACUCCUACCCAGGCCGCUGAAGACGAGGACGACUGCCCUGCCGAGACCACCGCCCCGGUUGCCACUCCCACUCCUACCCAGGCUGCUGAUGAGGAUGAGGAUGACUGCCCUGCCGAGUCCGCCGCCCCCGUCGCCACCCCUACCCCCACCCAGGCUGCUGACGAUGAGGACGACUGCCCCGCCGAGACUCCCUCUGCCACUGCUGUUGCCAAGCGCAUGACCCUCCACGAGCGUCGCCUCGCAUAA